AUGGUUGACGUACAACCUCCUUCACUAUCCAAACUCAUGCGGAUGGUAGCCGAGCUACAACAAGCCAAUCAACGGGUAGCUGACAAAAACCAAAAAAUGGAUGCUCAAAUCGCUGAACUGAACCAUGUUCAGAUAGAACAUAACGACACCCAUCGCCAGCAGCCAGAGGAUAAUGAGCAUCAUUCCCAGCCCUUUCAUGUCUCAGAGACUAUCCGAGCUGAUGUAGUUCAUCCCGAGGAUGAAAAAGAAGAGUCUGAUGAACUUGUAGGACCCUUCACGGAAGAGGUGAUGAACUUCGAAUUGCCAAAGAGAUUCACCCUACCACUAACCCUCACACCUUAUGAUGGCCUCGGGGACCUGAAGAAAUUCCUCAAAAAGUUUCGAUCAACAAUGAUCGUCAACGGUGCAUCCGACACUUUUGAAGAGCACUUCGCCGGAUCCGCAAUAUAUCUGCAUGACUCUGACUAUCUGAACACUAUCAAGCAGGGGCAGAAUGAAAGUCUGAAGGACUAUAUGACUCGCUUCACCAAAGUCGCCAUCAAUAUACCCGAUCUCCAUCCCGAAGUCCAUUUGCACGCAAUCAAAAGCGGCUUCCGACCUGGAAAGUUCCAAGAAACUAUUGCGAUAGCCAAACCCAAAACCCUGGCUGAAUUCCGGGAAAAAGCCAAAGGACAAAUUGAUAUCGAGGAGCUCAGACAAGCUCGGAAGUCUGAUAAAACAAGCUACAGAGACGACGAUAAAACUCCAACUAGUAAGAAAGGUUUUAAACUAACCCCCCGUUUUGACUCUUAUACACAGUUUAACACUAAGAGGGAGGAUAUCAUCAAAGAGAUUCUAAAUUCCAAACUCAUCAAGCCACCAAGAAAGGCCGGCACCUACGAAGACACUAAGAACAACGAAGAUUCAUCCGAACAACAGUACCGAGGAAAAGAGAAGGUAGCAGCGAACAAUUAUGAAAAGCCACGAGGAGACAUUAAUUAUAUUUCAGGAGGAUACGCAAGUGGAGGCUCCUCAAACUCGGCGAGAAAAAGGUCAUUCCGAGCAAUAUGCUUGUUAGAAGGACCACAAAACAAAAUAGAAAAUCCAACACAGCUACCGCAGCUCACAUUUACACAAGCAGACUACAACUCCAGUAUACAGAACUUGGAUGACCCCGUAGUUAUAACUCUUCAGUUGGGAGACCUACUGGUCAAAAAAGUACUACUAGAUCCUGGAAGUAGUGCCGACGUCUUAUUCUACUCAGCAUUUCAAAAAAUGAAGCUCAGUAACAACAUUCUCCAGUCAACAGGAGGAGAUCUGGUCGAUUUCUCAGGUGAACGGGUCCCAAUAAUAGGGUCAGUGUGGUUACAAACCACACUGGGUGAGCAUCCUCUUUCAAAAACUUGUGAUAUUCAAUAUUUAGUUGUAGAUUGCUUCAGUCCAUAUAAUAUUAUCUUUGGCCGCCCUUUCAUAAACAAGUUCGGCGCCAUUGUUUUUACAGUUCACCUGUCUGUUAAGUUCCCUUUGCAGGACAAUCAUGUCGUCACAAUCCAUGGAGAUCAUAAGGAAGCUCGGCGCUGUUACAACAUCGGCAUGAAGUUCCAAAAUUAUUCAAAACAACAAGUUAACAAUGUCAAUCUCACACACAAUGGCUCGGCAUUAGCCGACCUAGAUCCAAGAACCGACUUUCGGGAAAGGCCAACUCCGUCCGAUGACUUACAUAGGGUAUAUUUCAACAAUGACCCUAACAAGUUCACUUUGUAG